UAUUAUUCUACUCAAAUUUCUUAUUUGAAAAGAAGAAAAAUGCGAGGGAAAAAAAUAAUAAUCACAGAUGAAGAUGUGAAGCUACUUGUGACAAUCAUUGGUACAAUCGGAGUCACCAAUGGUCGCCCAUAUCAAUACAAGGUUGAAGCAUGGACAAAUGAAAACGAAAAAUAUGAAACAAAGGUUGUACCAACCGAAGGAGAUCCCGAGUUCGAUGAAGAGCUACAAAUUUUUCAAGAUAAGAAUUUUCCAGCAGAAUCUUUAUAUGUAGAUGUUUUCAAAACGAAUUCAACUGGCACCUAUUUCGUUGGGAGGGGAGUCACAUUGUUGCCAACGGUUAAAGGGGUUGAUUUUUACCGUGAAGUUGAGCUCUCUGGUCCUGAGGAAACCGGAUUUCUUCAAUUGUCACUUAAUCUCAUGGAAUUCGAGUGCACUGGAGGCGCUAGUAAAGCUAAUGGGUCGUUUGAUGAUGUUUUGACUUGUGGAAUUUGCUUUGUGCUUGCGUACAUCGGGAUAGAUUUUGGUAGAGUGAGAUCUUGUGAUGGGAUGACGUUUUUGCUAACCAAAAGAAACGAAAACCUAGAGACAAGUGUUAUGAAGCGGAAGGUUAUUGGAGAUCUGACGGAGUCUUCAUUGGAGAUAGUCUCUUUUCUUGACAAAGUUACCUACGGCUCUGUGUCCACCAAGAAUGAUUCAAACUUGGAGAAAUCUUACAUGAAGAAGACAAGUACGCUCAAACAUUCCGAGAAUCUCGAGAGGGAGCUUAAGACCAUGCUUCACUUCCACACCAAUCCCUUCAUCGUCCAAGCCUCGUGCCCUCAUCUUCACUUCAAGUUUAACACCAAAAGUGCGACUUUGUGUUACAUCUACAUGGAGUAUGCGUCCUUAGGCAAUCUUGACAAGAUGAUCUCUGAUUCCGGAGGGAGACUGCCUGAAGAUACUGUCAGACGGGCCACUCGUAUGAUCCUGCAAGGCCUUAAGGCUCUCCAUUCGGAAGGUUACGUCCACUGCGACCUCAAACCCUCCAAUGUAUUUGUCUUCCCUUCCAACACUCCUGGAGAACCAUGGGAUCUCAAGCUUACUGGUUUCGGCUUAUCCAAAGAGCCUACUAUGGACUCUAGUCUAUUGUUUCCUGGAACCCCCGAGUACAUGUCGCCUGAAGCCAUUGCGCCGAACACAUUUUUUGGCCCAGAUAGAUUGAUCGGACCAGCCCGUGAUGUAUGGUCUCUAGGGCGUACGGUUCUUAAGAUGCUUGGGGCUAAUCCUCAAAAGAUGGGAGGUUCUAUCGUAUGGAGAAUAGAAUAUCCUAUGAUUCCUAUCUCUGUGGUGGCAGCACACUUCUGGAUGCAGUGCUGUACGUCGCGGCCUACAGAUAGGCCCACCGUGGAUGAGCUUUUGGACCAUCCUUUUGUUGCUGAGAAACUUACAUCAUUUGUUAAGGAACGAUUGUAUAGUAUAUAUGAAGAAGUUAAUCCAAAACGUCAAAGCUUGGACUGGUGACAAAACGUCAGAGUUGAGAGGGUUUUUAGGUUUCAGUUGCGUUGAUGUGUUUGCUUGUUUUGCAAGAAAACAACUGUAACUCU